CCCACCCGCAUUGUGGAGAUUCAAGAUACGGACAAGGUCAGGCUCUACCAAACUCAAGGUGAGAGAGACGCCUAUACCUGCCUGAGUCAUUGUUGGGGAUCGAACCCAAUUAUACAGACGACAUCGUCGACGCUUUCAACAUUCAAGAACAGCAUACCCUGGUCACAGCUCUCAAGAACUUUUCGAGAUGCUAUUGAUCUUACCUAUCGACUCGGUCUGAAAUACAUCUGGAUCGAUUCGCUCUGCAUAAUUCAGGACAACAUCGAUGACUGGCGCCACGAAGGCAACAAAAUGGCUUCAACUUACUCUAAUUCUUUUCUCACAAUUGCCGCCUCAAAAGCGCGGGAUGGCAAUGAAGGAUGCUACAGUACUUGCCCGCCAGAACUUUGCAAAAAUUUGCCUCUUCUCCAACGAGGUUGGGUGCUCCAGGAACGUCUAUUAUCUCCUAGAGUUGUACAUUUUGGUCCCAGAGAGUUGUACUGGGAAUGUGCGCAGCGAAACCUGUGCGAAUGCUCGGAGCUGAGCCUAAUCCUGAAUCUUCACGGAGGUGGAGUGGGCACCAAAGACUUGAAGAGGGAACUUUCUCGUUCAGGCUUGACAUUGAAGGACCAAUGGUAUAGUAUUGUUACGGAGUAUUCAAAAUUGCAUUUAACAUUCGAGAAAGACAUAUUUCCCGCACUGCAAGGAUUAGCUGUGUCGACACAACGCCACACACUGUUCGCAUAUCAUGCCGGUCUGUGGGAAGACACUCUGAUAUCUGACUUAAUGUGGAUCCCUAAACGACAGGGUAGGCGGCCUCGGACAUGGCGCGCUCCAACCUGGUCAUGGGCGUCGGUUGUGGGU